GCUCUCGCUGAAGCGCCGCAAGCCACCUUCGAACUGGUGAUGUCCGAGCGUCGUACACCGCGGCGAAGAACUCGCAGGGAAAAUGAUUUCUCCAGCAUUUUCAUCCUCGCCGCCACUUGGGCUUGUCUCUCGGCCUCGGGAAGCAGCGUCUCCGUGAGCGUCCGUGACAGAGAAGUGAACGGGACCGUCGGCCGCUCGGCCCUUCUCGCCAGCUGCUACUCCACACCCGACCCCUGCUCCCUGCAAACGUUAGAGUGGCGUUUACACAACAGCACAACUCCGCUUGUGAGACUGAGCCGAUCAAACUGCACUCCGCUCGUGAGACUCAGACGAUCAGACUGCCCUCUACACCCUGCCCGACCCGGUUGUAACUGUUCAGAUCGCUGGGCGACCAGUCCUUCCCACACGGGGCGAGUCCAGCUCUACCCCGAGAAUGGGUCCCUGUUACUGCGGGAUUUACGGCUCAACGACAGCGGAGUGUACGUGAUAUCGAUUUACAGCGGCGGAAACAGCACUGUUAAAGCCAACGUGACAUUAACGGUCUACAAUCACCACACUGAGACAGGUAGGAACCGGCGGAGCGUUCAAACACAGAGGGGGCAAUUAAAGCAUGAAAGUCCAAAUAGCAAUGGGGUAACAAAGCGGGGUAAUUAA